CGGUCGCCUUCGUAAGCGCCGUUGCAAUUCUGGCCGGCGGGGACCGCCAGCCUCCUCUCGCCAUGGUGGUAUUGCCGCUGCUGCUCAGCACGCUGCUGGUCGCCGCGCUGGGCGCCGCCGACCGGCCGCCGCUGGACGUGGUGCUAUACUUCGAGGCGCUCUGCCCCGACUGCCAAGACUUCAUCUCGGGCGGCUUCGCAGACGCGUGGCGCGCCGUGCCGGAGAUCCUGAACGUGACGCUGGUGCCGUGGGGCUUCGCCACGGCCACGCCGGACGGCGACGGCUGGCGCUUCACCUGCCAGCACGGCCGCGAGGAGUGCCGCGGCAACAAGCUGCACGCGUGCGGGGUGCGCCAAGCGCCGUCGUCGGGCGCGUCGGUCGACUUCUCCGUGUGCCUGGAGGCAGAACGGCCCGAGGAGGAGUGCGCCGACGACAACGGGCUCGACUGGGACGCGCUGGAGCGGUGCGUCGAUGACCCCGACACCGACGCCAUCAUGCUGCGCUACCGCGACUUGACCGACGACGCGCGGCCCGAGAUCGUCGAGGUGCCCACGGUCAGCGUCGAUGGCAGUCGGCGGCACCAGGACGACAUGCUGGACGACUUCCUCGAGUUUGUGUGCAACGCGUGGCAGGGCGAGACGCCGCCCGGCUGCCUGCAGCGGGUUGACCUUGACUGA